CCGGUUGGUAUAAAAGUCUGGCAAUAUGUUCCUCCUGUGCAGCUGCAGAAGCUGGCAAUCUGUACAACUUGUGUCUUUUCUGGAACUUAUGCCUGCAUCACUCCGCAAACAGGAUAUUCACCAGAAUAUCACUUGUUCCACGUCUGCCACACAGAGCCCCAGCCCCCUCACAGUCACCUUCACUGAGCUCCAGCCCCUCAUGGCACAGCCUGAACAUGGACACUCUGAGGACGAGGGGAAGAAGAACCAAGAACAGAGCAAGCUGAAGAGGGCCAGGGCCCGCUUCCUUAAGGGGGUGUCGUACUUCUCUGGAGACAUGGAGCCAUUUGCAAAGUGGAUGUCAAGGCAGUUCAUCCUCCUGCAGCUUCUGGACUGGGUCUUGCGAGGAGCGGCUCAGGUGAUGUUCGUCAACAACCCCCUGAGCGGCCUCAUCAUCUUUGCGGGCCUCAUCCUGCAGAAUUACUGGUGGGCCCUCAACGGCUUUGUGGGCACGCUGUUCGCCACCAUUUCUGCUCUUAUUCUCAAACAGAACAGGGGAGCGAUUGCUGCGGGGCUUUACGGCUACAACGGGAUCCUGGUGGGUUUGCUGAUGGCCGUGUUCUCAAAGGCGGGUGACUGGUACUGGUGGCUGCUGUUACCAAAUGUCUUCAUGUCCAUGAUGUGCCCUAUUGUAUCCAGUGCACUGGCGUCUAUUAACAGCCGGUGGGAUCUGCCGGUGUUCACGCUGCCUUUUAACAUACUGGUGUGUCUCCACAUGGUCGCCACCGGCCACUUCAACCACCACUUCCCCCAAGUCCUCAUCCAGCCACGCACGGAGCUGCCCAACAUCACCUGGGCUGAAAUUGACAUCGCCAAGCUGUUCAUGUCAGUUCCUGUGGGGGUAGGCCAGGUUUACGGCUGUGACAACCCCUGGACAGGGGGAAUCUUCAUCAUCUCACUCUUCAUCUCGUCCCCAAUCACCUGCAUUCACGCUGUCCUGGGAUCUGCUGUCGGGAUGGUUUCAGGUUUGGCUCUGGCAGCUCCUUUUGGGGACAUUUACUUUGGCCUCUGGGGAUAUAACUGUGUGCUCGCCUGCAUCGCCAUUGGAGGAAUGUUUUAUGCUCUCACCUGGCAGGUGCACCUGCUCGCCAUCGUGUGUGCGUUUUUCUGCGCAUACCUCGGCUCAGCCAUCGCCAACAUCAUGUCGACGUUCGGUCUGCCCGCCUGCACAUGGCCCUUCUGCCUAUCGGCCCUCACUUUCCUCCUCAUCACCACUGGAACCAACCGCAUUUUCAAGCUGCCGCUGGCGAAGGUCACGUACCCGGAGAAAAACCUGAUCUACUUCUGGAAGAUGAAGAAGCAGGAGAAAAAGGAGAAGGCCGAGGAAGAGAGGAAACAGAGGGAGGAGCAGCAGAAAGCCGCCGAAGAAGAAACGAUACUCAACGAGAAGGAGCAGCUGAGACUGAUGCUUGAAAGGAUGGAGGAGGGGAUAGAGAAGGGUGAAGCAGAGGAGGGCGCGAACGGCAAGACAAGCUUUGAGAAACAUGAAUCUGAACGGGUCGAACAGGGGGUGGAUGAAAAUAUGAACAACGGUCAGAAUAGCUAUGCAGAAAAUGUUGAAUUCCACAAUUCAGCAGACAGAGUGGGGAUGACAGAGGAUGAGAGAUAAUAUGAGAUCAUUUAAUAAAGAAGUAGAGGUGGAUGAAGAAUGUAAAUACACAGAGCUGUAAAUAUUGUUUGAGAGUGACUGUAUUUUAUUGUAAUAGUUCUGGACUCUUCUAGAGAUAUUUUUCUAUGUCUUUUUUAUUCAAGGAUCAACUCUGGUUUGUUCAGUAAGUUGUAAAAGCUGUAAAUGAUCGAUGAAAUAAUCUUUGUACAAUCAUUUCUUAUUUGUGCUUCAGAAACACUUGUACAGAAAUCAAGUUUUGCUUAAAAAAAAACAGUUAAAUAAAUGAUGAAAACGCC